GGCGGCAAAGCUCUCCGGAGAGACUUCAGUCAACAUUCUGGAACCUUCCUUCAGGAUGACGCCGCGCGUGCGCAUCCCCGCGCAUCUUUUCCCGCGGACGUCCGCGCGCUUUUAUUUUGGAAUUUAAACCAAAACCUCCCUCGAAGCUUCGAAAAGAGAGACUUUUAAAAGGAGGACUUGCGGUGGACAUGGCGAUGGUGGCGUGGAGGAACUGCAGCACCUCCAUCAUGUCGUCCAACACCACCAGCUCGUCCUCCACGUCGUCCACGUCCACGUCCACGUCGCUGGCCGCCGUGGAGUGCAUCGUGUGCGGCGACAAGUCCAGCGGCAAACAUUACGGCCAGUUGACGUGCGAGGGCUGCAAGAGUUUCUUCAAGCGCUCCGUGCGCAGGAACCUCAACUACACCUGCCGCGCCACCCGCGCCUGCGCCGUGGACCUGCACCACCGCAACCAGUGCCAGUACUGCCGCCUCAACAAGUGCCUCAAGGUCGGCAUGAGGAGGGAAGCCGUGCAGAGAGGCCGCAUGCCCGCGCAGGCGCACCAGGGUGUGAGCGGCGGGGCCCCCCUGCAGUGUCACCACGCGCACCUGUCCGGCUACAUCUCACUGCUGCUGAGGGCGGAGCCCUACCCCUACGGCGCGCAUGCGCAGUGCCUGGCGGGCGUGGAGAACAUCUGCGAGCUGGCUGCGCGCAUGCUCUUUAGCGCCGUGGAGUGGGCGCGCCACAUCCCCUUCUUCCCCCACCUGCAGGUGUGCGACCAGGUGGCGCUGCUGAGACUCACGUGGAGUGAACUGUUCGUGCUCAACGCCGCGCAGUGCGCCAUGCCCGUGCACGUGGCGCCGCUGCUGGCCGCCGCCGGCCUGCACGCCUCGCCCAUGUCCGCCGAGCGCGUGGUGGCCUUCGUGGACCACAUCCGGGUCUUCCAGGAGCAGGUGGAGAAGCUGAAGGUGCUGCACGUGGACUCGGCAGAGUACAGCUGCAUCAAGGCCAUCGCGCUCUUCACCACCGACGCCUGCGGGCUGUCGGACGUGAGCCACGUGGAGGGUCUGCAGGAGAAGUCCCAGUGCGCCCUGGAGGAGUACGUCAGGAGUCAGUACCCCAACCAGCCCACCCGCUUUGGCAAGCUGCUGCUUCGCCUACCGUCUCUGCGCUCCGUCUCGUCCUCCGUCAUCGAGCAGCUCUUCUUUGUGCGCCUGGUGGGCAAGACCCCCAUCGAGACCCUGAUCCGGGACAUGCUGCUGUCGGGGAGCAGCUUCAACUGGCCUUACAUGCCCAUGCAGUAGGGCGGGGCGGUCUUCAACCUUUUUACCGGCAACCUUUGCUUUCUGCCAGACUAUUGAGAUUAUUGUGGACAUUUUUGCUGCCGUGUGGAAUAACAAACAAUAUUUAUUGUGUGAAUAUUUAUCACGUUUACUACGUUUUUUUAUCGAGGAAAAAAAGGCUGCAGGGCUUUUUUUUUCCCUUUUUGUGUUUUGUUUUUGUGAUGCUUUUAUACUUGCUGACACUGCACUUUUUGGGGGAUAAAAAAAGGAACAUUUAACGCAACCGCCCAGGGAAAGCACACUAAAGCGUCAACAACAACAACAACAACAAGAAGACACUGCAUGAGUCAUGGAUGUAAUGUCACAGUAAAGUCAUUACUUGAUCAUUUAUUAUAUUUCCCUCCGCUCUUUCCGUGACCUGGAAAGAACAUUUUAAUACAAAAUUAAAUGUUUUUUAUGCGUUUAAAUUUGUAGGGAAAAAAAAGAAGCAAAUUGUGUUAUUUUUUAUUACUAAAAUGUAUUUCUUAGCCAAUUCUAAUUUAAAUAUUACCAAUAUGGGGAAUUAUUUUUGUCAAAUGUAAUCAAUAUAAUUAUAAUAGGUUUAAUAUUUUUGUAGUAAAAUUGACCAAUCAUUACUAUUAAUUUUUCCAGGAUACAGUUUUAUUUGGUAUUUGAAAAAAAUAACCUAUCAUAAUUAUUAUUGACAUACAUUAAAAAAUAUCAACGCAUCAAAGACUUCCGGUACUUCAGCAAUAAAUACAAGUAAUGACAUUACUGCUCGUGCAUUACCCAGGUGUGUGUGUGUGUGCGUGUGUGUGUCCUAGCAAUAUUGGCACUGUGUUAAAUUAUAACUCCAGAUUUAUACAAAAUAAUAAUAAAUGUAUUUGAUUGUUUUUGACAUGUGUCAGCACUGAUGUUUACGUGUGUGUGUCGUCUUUAAUUAAGAGUGCUUUAAA